UGUUUGGGACUUUGUGACCUAGCAGACGACGUCCUCGCGCAAGACAAAAUGGCUCCAGCCGACAGCACGAGGGUUGUCAUUUGUAUUAUAGCGCUUGCAAGCGUUGGGCUGGCAUUUCUUCUUUUGAGGAAGUAUAGAAGACCUAAAAGGCCAAAUAGAUCAAGGGUUGCAGAAACAUCAGAUGGAUGUCAGGAAGAAACACUAACCAAACAAUCAGCAUCAGGAAGUGAAAACACACAAACAUACAGUGGUCGUGGGGAUAGUAGGCAAGGAGGCAAUGCAGUGACAUCAUCUCAGAAACUGUUAGCCUCAGAAAAAUGCAGUCUUUCCACCUCUGGCACUGCCAUUGACACAGAAACAAAAGAGGAGCCAUUUGAAGUUCAAGACGUGUCAACGUCAACUGGUGAUACAACAACAGAAGAAUUCGUGACAGUCAAAGAAGCAAGCCCUGCAUCAUCUACUGUAGCUUGUGUAGAAACAAAAGAGGAACUGCUGGUCAGCAAAGAAUCACAGCUUAAGGGUGAAGGCAGUUUUAUAAAUGUGGAUAGCCAAAUUGCAAAGUCAGUAGAAUCAGAGAACUAUGUGCCUGGGUUGUUGCCAGCAGGGCAGGGAACUGAAGUGUCUGGUAGCGCAGAAGAGAAUGUGUCUGGUCCUACAUCAGAAGAGAACGCAUUUGGUCCAACAGCAGAAAGUGGUGGCAAUGAAGACUUGCCAAACGAUUUUACUGAAGAAGACCAGGAUGCUGACACUGAUUCUGAGUUGGGCACUGGAGAUGAGGCCGUUGAAAGUGACAGACCAGCAGCUGUUGUUGCUAAUGAAGACAAGGAUUCUCUGCAAUCAAAUGAUGUCACCAAUAGUGACGCUCAGUCUUUUGAGCGAAUUAGCAGCUACAACGAAGUGACAUCUCUGGGGGAAAGCGGACAGAAUGAACCAGGAAAUAACGGUCAGCUUCCAACAGACACUGGUUCAACGUUUCCAGCCUUCAUAAUUGAUGCUGUAAGCCGUCCUUUCAACAUUGAAAAUGCUGGAGCUGAUGAUGAGACUGUCAGUUCUUUGUCGUUUGGUCCAGUAGACAGCAGCAAAAAUGUUACACCUGCUUCAGAAGUUGAAGAAGAAGAAACUGAUGUGACAUUAAAUGAUGGGAACCAUGACACCGAGGAAAUUCAAGAGAUCCAAGAAAGUGAUUAUAGCAUGCCAUCAUCUUUUGAGCCGUUGUCCUUGGCACUUGAAGGUCAAAGGUCUGUUUCAUUUGGGCCUGCCAGCUCUAGCAUUGAGGUCAUCCAGUCUGCAGACUUUGCUGGAGAUCAGAUGAGCCAUACUGUCAGUGACCUUGGAAGCAAGACAACAAGUGCAUCAGUGGAUCAUACCUCAUUUUCUGAAGGUCCACAGGAGAAGCUUGGCAACUUAUUAGAAAGCACUGAGAUUAUAGAAGCUUCUCUCAAUAAUGCAGUCAUGGCGGAUGCACCUGAAACAACAGCUGCUUUGCUGAACAGUGAAACUUAUUGCUGUGUGUCACAAGACUCUACAAGAGCUGACAACUCUAUGACCAGCAUUGAAGUCAUUCAGCCUCCAUCAUUGGAUGUAAAUGGUGCCGACACCCUAGAUAAAUUGCCUUUUCUUAAAAUGGUUUCUUCAGAUGCUUUUUCAAAUGUACAAGAGACAAGUGUUGAAGGUGCAGAUAAUUCUAGGUCCAGUGUUGAGGUCAUCCAGAAAUCAGCAUCAGAGUCUGACAGUGCUGACGAGAUACGAUCAGCUUCUGCUGACGCAAGAAGUAAGAUGUCGUCCCCAUCAAACGAGAGUUUCCAGUCUCUGGAGCAGUUUGAUGGAAGCACAACAAGUGGGAGCAGGCAAGACUUCUUCAGUCUCUCCAAUUCUCCUGAACUAGGAGGGGAAACAUUACUGGAUAGUAUUUCUUCUAAUGACCAAAGAGAAGAGAAGAAAAGACUGGGAUCUCAGUCUGACAGCACAAGCUUUGACAUGGAUUUGGACUUUUCAACAGCCACAGAAUCUCCACCCGAGCGAACACCAACCAAUACACCCACAUGGGAAAUAGCUGCUGAAAACCCUGCAGAUGAUGUACAGCAGUCUUUGGAAAGCUCUUCUGAUGGGGUCAUGGAUGGAAAAGAGCAAGAACCUCAGAAUUUUGAUGCCAAGACUCCGACAACACAGCUAACACAGAAACCUCAGUGGAUGCUGGGCAUCGACAAAAACAAGAUCACGGAGGCCAUUGAGAAGGCACAGUCACACCCUGACAAGAUGGAGAUAGGACAGCUGCAGAUUUUAGUGGAGAUGCUGAAGCAGGAGGAUAUGAUCAUGGACGUGCUAGACACAGCUGUCCAAUGCAUCAUCAGAGUAUCAGCCUUCACAACCAAUGUGGAGGUCCUACGGGUGUGCCAGUGUCCCUUGCAGCUGACACAUUUGUUGCAAAAGUUUGCACCAUCUGUGAGCAAGGGUCAAGGAUCUAAGGACGAGAAACUGCUGUUAAAUAUUGCUCGUGCCAUCAACAAUCUGGCUAUGGACCUGAAAAGUCAAUCACAGCUAGAGGGCAGCAUCCCAGUCCUGACAAACUUGCUGCUGACAGAGGGAAUCUCAGAGGAUAUGACCAUUGCCUCCUUGCAGCCAUUGACUAACCUGUCGACAACAGCAGCUUACCAUAAGCACUACACCAGCAUUGUGCAACAGCUGUAUGCAUUUCUAGACACCAGCCACAAUACUGCCCUCAGGCUUCAGUGCCUCAAGGUGCUGGUCAACCUUUCUCUCAACGGUGACAUCGUUCCACACUUGCUGGCUGCCAAGGCACCUGAAUGCUUGUUGGAACUGCUGGAUGUCAAUUCAGGCUAUGACCUCCUCCUACGCGCUGUGACCUUUCUCGCUAAUAUCAUGUCCAUCAUGAUAGAGAAAGAAUUAACAGCAUCAAGCCUUCCCCCUGAUCACAAAGCUCCCUCACCAGAGACUCUUUACUCAGCUUUGUUUGCCUUGGACACUCGAGAUGUGUUACGUAACAAGGUGUUUCGUCUUACAAGGCAUCAGUCACAAGAUGUCACCUAUCAAGCAACACGGCUGUACAAUUGCAUCACUACUUUAAAAUAAGUUGUUUGACAACUGUGAUGGAAAAAGACAAAAAUUGUUUUGCCAAGAGAUUGCAAAUGGCUAUGGCUGUAGAUUAUAGGUCAUAACGAUAGGCAAAAUUGAAAUAAAUUCCGUAGUUGUUACUUUUGUGAUCACUUCCCAGAAAAACAGUUCCAAAUUUCAAACAGUCUUUGUUAGCAUGUCCUAGCAGUCUGCCAAAUCCUGGACAUGCCAUCCAUUUAAAUUGUUACUUUGUCAGCCACUGUUUUUAUCUGUUAGCAUGAUAAGCUGCACAUAGUUGAGUAAGUCUCUACUUGAGCAUACAGCCAGUUUCAUCCUUUAUUUGUCACAUCUGAAAGGGUGGCAAGAAGUCCAAGAAAUACAAAUAGCCAAAGCAGUGACUAAUGCACCAUAGCAUUUAUAAAAAAAAAUGUGAUAUGUGCUUUCUUUCAUCCGUCCACCUUAGUAAUCUCAGAAGAGUACUUAAAAAAGCAUUGCUUUAAUACUAGUUCCUUAAUUUUUGAUUUGCAAAAAAGUGGUAUUUCACCUGAACUGUGUGGAAUCUGUAAAAUGGUCAUUUAUGUGGCAAAUGAUGUAAACUUGAGUUUGUUAAAUAUAAAUUAUGUAUGUCAAGGUAAGUCUCAAGUUCUCUUUUUAAAGUUCCAUUGUGAUUUACACCCUACUUUGGACAACAUCUAUUUAUUUACAUUAAAGUGCAUUUCCUGAAAAGACAAGUAGCCUAACUGCUUAGGAAAUCCCAUUGUGGUAUUUUUUUGAAAGCUGUUAUGAAAUCCUGUUUUGCUGCAUAGUGCUGGACAUUUUUGUUUUAAAGCAGGUUUGGCAGUCUGUCUUUUGCUGUUUGCUGUAGAAGAGAUUGCAGUGAAGAUUAAAUUAUAAAAUCAUAGUAUGUUUGACUAGUUUUCCUGUUCUGAUGAGAACACUAUAAUUUAAAAGUGAUUUCUUGCUGCUACCAUUACAUCACGUCAUGAAAAUCAGAUUUAACAAACUUCAGUUGUUAAAAACAUGCCUUAAUUUGAAUGAAGACGUUCGACUUGUUUUCAGAAUGUAGAAUGUUUUCUUACUGCGUGGUCUCUACUUCAGUGCUGUUGGCAAGUUCAAAUGUGCAGAUAAUGUCCCGUGUUUUAGGGAGCAUAAGGGUUUGCUUGGUCCUGUCUAUAAACUUCCUUAGAAUAGGCUACAUUCGUCUCCUGCAAUUUAUAACUCUAGUUUUUGCUUUUUUUCUUGGCCAGUUUCUCUGAAGCAUCAGUCAUGUUAUUCAUCCCGGCUUUAAAAGGCUUUGCUUUCCUGACUUGUAAAAUUCCUAAAAUUUCGAAAAGUUCUUGUUAGGUAGAUCAAAGGACGAACGUUACAAAAUGUAUUUGUAACAUAAAAUGUGUUUUUCUUGGCUUUGGACUGCAGUGAUAAUUGGAUGCUGGAAUUUGCUGGCAAGUGUUUUUUUUUUUCUGUUUAUUAUUUUUAAAAAAUUGGUUGCUUUUGUCAAGAUAUUAACAUUUAUGCCAAAAUGCUAUGAACAGAGACAGAGAGUGGGCAGCUGAGUUUCAAACAGCUCUCUGCACCUCUCCUGCAGGUGAUAAUCUGUUAAGGCUAGUCAUGGCACCCUUCAUAGCUGAUUAAUUUGUAUUUGACACUUUUUUUAAUGUAUUUUUAGAUUAUGGAGUAGCUCCAGAUCAUAGUGGUGAGGAUUUUAUCCAUUCGAAGGCAAGUAUGAUAGCUUUAUAAUUUCUCUUGUUUUUCUGUGUUCGAUAUGUUCUAAUGCUGUAAAUGCUUAGUUAAAAUUCUUGCACUAGAAAAAAUUGAUGUAUUGUGAACAGUUUCUUUUGGAAUUCAUUAUUUAUAUAAAACUGUAAAUAAAAACAAUUCGCGUAUUUCAACUGGUAACUUGUAGUGUUUGUGCUUUCAAAGUAUGAAUGAAUCAGUUUCAUAUUUUGGAUAUUAAGAGAUUACAAAAUGAUAGAGGUAGGAAAGAAAUCCACUGGCUUGGAGAGAUUAGUGCCAUAUAGGCAAAGUGUGUACCUGUUAUAGACCUAAUCAAACUUACUUCUUGCACUUCAUUAUAUUGACAGAGAGUGAGAGCUUCUAAAGCACUUAAAAUCAAGUGAAACCAUACUUUUUAAGAAAAAUGGCUUGUAAUUAACCAUCGUUGCUGCUUUGUAAUUCAGCUUCUAGCAACAUCUUAUUUCUGGAUGUGAAGACUAGACUUUGCCAUCUGGUACAUCUUGGUUUUGCCUCUUGACAUCAUCCAUAAAGGUUUGACUCACAUUUCAUCCCCUUUUUUUAAAAUGUUUAAAGACUGUUGACUCACUUUGAAUAUUUAUAGUCUUUUUGACAAGUCCUUUAAAAACAAGAAUCUUGUGCAUUGUUUACCAGUCUAUAUUGUGUUGGUGUCAGCUUCACUGGAGAGACAGAAUGGUCCACAGAAAAAUGAUACAAUAUCAUUUAUUGUGUAGGUAACUAUUGCUUUGAUUUGAAUAUUAGCAGUUAUUAUGGAUGAUUCUGUUUUCUAUAGUAAUAUCAAUGACUGAUGUCACACAAGAAACCAAAGACAUGCAUUUUUUUGGUCUCAUUUUUAUUGUUAUGUACGUUUUUAAUCAAAACUAUCAAAUUCACAGCAUUUCAACCAGAGUUGCUGAACAUUUUUACACUUGCUGUUUGAAUUUAAAUAAUGUAUACCUUUUGUAAUGUACAGUAAUUUUUGGUUUUCUCUACAUUUUUAUGGCAUUUGCCAUUUCAUGAAGAUGAUAAUGUUAAAGUCUUAUAAGGCACAGGUCUCCAUCAUAAAGCUAUGCCUUGUGCACUGGGAAAAAAUUGGGGAAAUCAAAAUGACCGGACAGAACAAAGUGUAAGGUGUAAUGAGGAAAGAGGAUGGUGCCUGGCUAAUGGGUUUGACGGUUGGGCUAAUUGUCGAACGAAAAGUUUGUACAGUGCAGUAUUGACUAUUUGUCUCCUUAAAAUAUCCUUCUAGGAUUGAUAAUCAGAGUUCUUUACUGUUUGGUACUUUGUCCUUCAGUACCAUAGACUGAGCUCCAUGGUUCAGGUUACCAGGCUACCUGUUACCCCACAUCCAUACUCCCUUCCCCAGCCCUUUAAAAAAAAAAAUUGAAUUUUGAACUAUAAAACCAGUGUUUCAAGCCAUUUAAAAAGGUCAGCCCACUCCAUUUUGCAUUAAGCUGAAGGAAAUAUUUCAAUGGCAGUGUGUCCAGGAUUAUGGUUCUAUGCAUGUAGCAGGGAAUAAGCACCUACGAUUUGUGGAGUGAAAACGUCAACUGUAGUUGUGCAUGUGGAAAAACUGUACAGUAACAUUUUAUUGCUAAAAUUUGUCAUUUCAUGAUUGUUGAAUACUACAGGGAUUAAAUGUUUUCAAGUUAAGAUUUGUGAUUGCUGCCUUCAACAGACCUGUGCUCAGUGCAUAAAGCUGUGAUGUUAUCAGAACUGUUGCAGGAGACUGUUAACUUCUAUAAAAAGUUUGCUUUUGAAAUAAAUGUGAUAAGGCUUGAA